AUGGGCGACAUCGGCGGCGGCAUCGUCGGAGGUCUCUGCGGCGCACUCUGCGCUGCGGUCGCACAAUCACUACAGUGGACCUUUUGCGCCACCUCCCAUAUCGGUUCCGACUUUUCCUGUUGCGACAAGUGCUGCCGCUGCCGCUGCUGCUACACUGAGGGUGCGCUGCCCGUCGAAGACUACCCCAACCCCAACUCGCUCGAACACGACCCCAACGGACAGGCGCGGCAGCUCGAAGACGUCACAAAGGACCGAGAGGCCGGCCACAUCGACGCGGCACAGCAACAGCAACAGCAACAGCCGCCGCCAGAGUACCGCCCCACCGAGCAGAUGCAGAUUGUCUCGCAGGCGCCUGCAGCAGCAGCACCGACGACGACGACGACAAUGUCGAACCCAGCCUCGACAGCCGCCGCCGCCGCUCCCAGCGCUCCCGCCACCUGA